ACAGGGUCUGCCGCUUAGGCUGGAGUGUAGUGAUGCGAUCACAGCUUACUGCAGCCUUGACCUUCCAGGGCUCAAGGGAUCCUCUUGCCCGAGCCUCUCAAAGUGCUGGGACUACAGGCGCCGAGCGCGAAGGUGCCCGUCUAAUUUCUUUUCUGUAGAGAAUAAGUCUCGCUAGAUCGACCAGGCUGGAUCAAACUCCUAGUCCUCACGCAAUCCUCCCGCUUCGGCCUCCAAAUGUGUUAGGAUUACAGGCGAGCCACUGCACCUGGCUGCAAAGAAAUACUAAGUUAGACAGUAUCUGAGGCUUCAACCACUCCCAGAAGACGUCCUGCACUCCCAAAAUGAGGCUUUUCUGAAACGGCGAGGACCACCAACCGACGGCGACAAACCCGCUCCCUCACCCAGCGCCUCCCUUCGCCGCCGCCCGGCGGCCGACUGCCGGAGGGGAGGGGGCGUGGCCAGAGAGCGGAAGUGCCCGGAACCCGGAAGUGCGAGCUGGCGCGCAGCUGCAGUCUGGGAGUCUUUGGAGUAAGAAUGGCCUUGGAAGGGAUGAGCAAACGGAAGAGAAAGAGAAGUGUCCAGGAGGGAGAGAAUCCUGACGACGGCGUUCGCGGGAGUCCGCCGGAAGACUACAGGGUUGGACAGGUCGCCAGUAGCUUAUUUCGCGGCGAGCACCAUUCCAGAGGUGGCACCGGUCGGCUGGCGUCCCUCUUCAGUUCUCUGGAGCCCCAGAUUCAACCCGUGUACGUGCCUGUGCCUAAAGAAACCAUCAAAAAAACGAAACGGAAUGAGGAGGAAGAAAGUACAUCCCAGAUUGAAAGACCACUUUCGCAAGAACCUGCAAAAAAAGUGAAAGCGAAGAAGAAACACACUAACGCAGAAAAAAAGUUGGCAGACAGGGAAAGCGCUCUAGCGAGUGCUGAUUUAGAAGAAGAAAUUCACCAGAAACAAGGGCAGAAAAGGAAAAAUUCUCAACCUGGUGUUAAAGUAGCAGAUAGAAAAAUACUUGAUGACAUAGAAGACACAGUUGUCAGUCAAAGAAAGAAAAUUCAAAUCAACCAAGAAGAAGAGAGAUUAAAGAAUGAGAGAACUGUGUUUGUUGGGAAUUUGCCUGUUACAUGUAAUAAGAAGAAGCUGAAGUCGUUUUUUAAAGAGUAUGGACAAAUAGAAUCUGUACGAUUUCGUUCUCUGAUUCCAGCAGAGGGAACGCUAUCCAAAAAGUUGGCAGCAAUAAAACGUAAAAUUCAUCCUGAUCAGAAAAAUAUUAAUGCCUAUGUUGUGUUUAAGGAGGAGAGUGCUGCCACGCAAGCAUUGAAAAGAAAUGGGGCCCAAAUUGCAGAUGGAUUUCGUAUUAGAGUUGAUCUCGCAUCUGAGACCUCAUCUAGAGACAAGAGAUCGGUUUUUGUGGGGAAUCUCCCUUAUAAAGUUGAAGAAUCUGCCGUUGAGAAGCACUUUCUGGACUGUGGAAGUAUCAUGGCCGUGAGGAUUGUGAGAGACAAAAUGACAGGCAUCGGCAAAGGGUUUGGCUAUGUGCUCUUUGAGAAUACAGAUUCUGUUCAUCUUGCUCUGAAAUUAAAUAAUUCUGAACUCAUGGGGAGAAAACUCAGAGUCAUGCGUUCUGUUAAUAAAGAAAAAUUAAAACAACAAAAUUCAAAUCCACGAUUGAAGAAUGUCAGUAAACCUAAGCAGGGACUUAAUUUUACUUCCAGAACUGCAGAAGGACAUUCUAAAAGCUUAUUUAUUGGAGAAAAAGCUGUUCUCCUUAAAAUGAAGAAGAAAGGACAGAAGAAAAGUGGACGCCCUAAGAAACCGAGAAAACAGAAAUAACCAGGAACUGCUUUUUCUUUUCCUGCUGAGUACUGCUAAUAAAAGUGCUAUUAUCUGCUGAUAGCAUCGUCUGCUA